GUAUCAGUCCAACACGGAGCGCUGCUGCUGCUGCUGCUGCUGCUGCUGCUGCUCCGCAUACCGGCACACCGGCGCAGCUCAACGUUGGCACAGGGGCCGCAUCUCAGUCAGGGGUGCUGUGAAGGUUAUUGAUCAGACAACUAUCAUCAUGCUGCACCUGUUCGCCACGGCCUUCCUCCUCUUUGGUGGGAUCACGGUAACGCAUCAAACUCAGCACAUGAGCUCAGUGUCCACGUUUCUGUUCGCCCCUCGCGGCCCUCAGAUGUUUCCGUGUCUUACUUACCUGGAGCGAAACGUCAGGGUGGACUGUGAGUUUCCGCCCACCUACCAGGUCCCCGGCCCCUACUGUGAGUAUCGACAGGACAGCCGCCUGGUGGGCACCACCUUCCCCAACUCCGUCAUCUAUGUGUCCGUAGAGGACCGCAGGAGAAGCAACGUCAGCCUGGUCACUCCUAACCUGUGCCGCCUCACCUGGGCCCCGCUGGCUGAUGAGAAGCCUUUCACCUACACCUGCAGGGUCUACCAGGGCAACUCGUGGAAGGAGAACAGCAUGGCCGUCCAUCACAGGAUUCUUCCAAUCUGCUCUGCGAUCAGUGUGAUGUUCAAAUCGGCACCGUGGUUUUUGUCACUGGUGAUGUCACUUCCGGUGGCUGUGGGUCUUCUGAGUCCAUGAAUUCUCACACUGGCAGGGUAACGACUCAACAGACCUUUCUUAAUGUUAUUUGUGACUCACUGUGGUUUGAUGGUUGGUGAUUGACUCUAUAUGGGAUGCUUUUAUUUACUUUUAUUUUUUAGGCAGUGAGAAGAAGCCAUGAAAACUCCUGGGAAUAAAUAAGACUGGAUGAAAUCAAUAUUUUAUUUAGCAUUAGGCUGUUCUUUAAAAAAAAAAAAACAUACCUUUGAGAUGUAAAAUCUUUUAUGUAAUAGACUUCAUUGUCAUCACUGUACUGUACCUUGAACACCACUGUUCCACAGUACUAGUAUUAACAGUGGAGAAAAAAGUCAUGACAAUGCCAAAUGUAAGACAUUGCAAACAAAUGCAGCAGUGAACAGUGUUGAGGUUUUUAAUCUGUUGCCUUGAUCAGGUCUCCCUUGUAAAUAAGAUUAAUUGGGACUGAUCGAUAUAAAGAACUAUAUUCUUAAAGUGGAAACAGACAACUUUUUAACUUCUCCCCCACGAGCAUUUCCAAGUGGUAUUAUGAAUGCAGCUACCGUCACAAAGACUAACAAAUUACGUUCCGUUUUCCUCCAAGCCCACCUACACACAGGACACACUGCACUUUGUUUCCCACUUUGGUUGUUUCACCAUCUGCUAUUUCCACUACUGAGGAAAGUAACUGCAAAGAAGUUAGAUUGAUACUCUGAUACACUACCGUGCAAUAGUUGCUGCACUUUCUCUGUGCCAUAAAUCAACAUGGACGUAGCACCAAAUUCAGGGCCCCAUGCAUAAGCAGUCUCUGUGGGCCCCCACCCUUCCUCUCUCAAUCCACGUCUCUCUGACGCACCCUUUGAAUUUUAAAUAUCUUUAAAUUAAGUCAGUUUGCUUUCUUUCCCCUUCCUUUCUUUCUUCUCAAGUUGGAAACCCUGAUUUCCUUUUCUCGGGGAGAGACAUGACAGUGUACGUUGUGGCUCUGGCAGCUUAUGUUGCCAUACACAUGCUGCAUUUUUGCACCCUCAAAUUUAUUGUUUUCGAUGUACACAAUGUCACACUCCCAAACGCCUAUUUUUCAGGGCAUGAAAACUGUGCCCAUAAAUAAACAAAGUUUAACUUCAUGUGAUGGGAACAACCAAUCACAGCUGGCAGAUAUCUUUCCCUUCUUCCAUAUAUAUCAGUCUGUGAUAAAUGUGGAGAAGAAGCUUUACAUCUGUCAAUAUUUUUGGCCUAAUACACUCUUACAAAACAAUGCCUGGAUGAAGAUCAGCUCUGUACUCUGGAUUUCUGGCAAGUAGGCUAUGAUGCGGUGCUGGUUAAUUAUCGCUUAGCAACCUCAGGCGCAACCUGACUCCAUGCCCUUGAAAGUUGUCACAGAGUAGGCACAAGAGAAAUGCCAAGCGCACAACCUUGCAUUUUCCAGUCAGUUAAAGAAUAUAGUCGCUUACUUGGCUCUAGCUGUGUUUAGAGAUAAAUAGUGCGGAGCGGACUAAACCAUUUUGCAUCUUUAAGAGGUUAGAUGGGUCUAACCACUCGUUUUUAUACAAAGUUCAGUCUCUGAACCAAUUUUUUCAGCUAAUUUUAAUUUAAUCAUGGCAGCAAUUACUUCGAUAUAAAAAUUUGCAAACAAAACCAAAGUUUUCAUCCAGGCUUUUUGAGGGCCCCCCUCUGAUUGGGGCCCUGUGAUAUCAGUCCCACUUUCCUCCCUCACUACAACGCCCCUGUAAAUCAUGCCUUUAUUUUUUUCUCAAAGAUCGUCUCUGGUGGCAGACGGAAUUGCAUAGUAAAAGCAAGACUCAUAGGGAACCAUCUAUACAUGUGAUGGUGUCAUUAUUCCUAAGCAGUGCUUCCCAACUGGUCCAGCCACAGAUUUCUCCUUAGUCAUUGCUUAAAGGUCUAUGCAGCUUAAUGUAUUUAGCGUCAUACUUGUGUUUGGCCAUAUCGUCGAGUUAGAUUGCUGUCUCUGUCAUGUGACUGUCCGUUAGUCACUCACUCUACAGCAGAAAACGACACUUCAAAAAUGCAGCUCUGUACUGGAAAUUCACUGUAUUUAAAAAUAAAGAAUGUUUUUUACAAACUUGACAUGUUAGCAAGUCACUUGCGGCCCAUUCAGAAUGGACCCGCUACCCAUUUUUGGACCGUGACCCACCAGUUGGGAACCACUGUUCUAAAACCACUACACUGUGCAAUCAGCAUCUGCUUCAUAAUGAUAAGUUAAAGCAGAGAACUUGUCUAUUUCCACUUUAAAUCCAAAUAAAUCUUAAUUUUGUGGUGGUUUUUGUAUUUUUGUUACAGAGUAACAGAUGCUUCCUAUAGAUUUAUAAUACAUUUUAUUAUACACACUGACAUUAAAAGUGGAGCUCUUCCCUCAAACUCUACAAGAAUGGAUUGGAUUUAUCAUGCCACAGAUUAAUUUGGAUUACAUUACAAUCUCACCUGUUUGCUCACCUAUAGACAUCUAGACAGGUAUGUAGGAGGCUGACAUGGCUAUUCAGUUAGCGUAAUGAAUAACUGCGCAAACACUGCCUUUACUGCUAGCGAUACUAAUCACUAAUAUCCUGUGAACAGAAGUGAGAUGUCCGUAUACUGUACCCCCAUGUGAGGUUCACCUGGUUACAGCAAAGCAGCUCAACAACAGUCUCUUUUCUACUCCCCUUAGACAGCAAUAAGACAAAUACUCAACAUGAUUGGGAUGAUUUUUGGGAAAAGACUCCAAUGUCAGUGCACCAUGUUUCAAUCAGUGCUUUGGUGCUAUCUGCUCUACCGCAUUAAAACACAUGCAGAUGUGUGACUGUGUUAGUUUGCAAAGUCUGUUUAUAGAUGUGGAGGUUUCAGCUCUGCAGCCUCAUAGUGAGAGUGAUGAACUUGAAAUUACAGACAUUGCCAAGAUGGUAUAUGGUGAGAACAAGCGUGAUGCUUUGUUCAUUAAAUAAUCAUUGUUUAAUUUAGACACCACGCUCCUCCUGCACAAGUACGCAUGUGUUAAUAUCCACAGUAUAUGUGACGUAUGAAAGAAUAUUGUAGCUUUAUGUGUUGUUCAUCUUUAUAUUUUAUGUUAACACUGGACACGCCUUCCACAUUGUAACACACAUAUUCGGGGCCAGUGUAGGCUCUCUUUAUGUUGCUAAUGUAAUUUGAAUGUUCUUUUUUACUCGUCACAUUUUAACAAUGAUUGUGUCCACGCUGCAUUACUGCUUUAUGUAUGCCUUCAUUUUCAGACGCUGCGCUGCUCAGUAUUAUUUGCAAAGUAGUACUCGCAAUAAAGAUGUCUUUAUAUUUUUUCAAAUAGAUAAGUCAGCUUGGUUUGUUUGUGCUCUUCUACCACCAAAGGUGUGCUAAAUGCUAUAGAAAAACUAUAGUAACAAAUAAA